UUAUCAUAUCAAUUACAAACAAUCAGGGAUCAAUGGCAAAGUUCAUUAAAUUCAAUCAUUAAAAAGUGAUGAGAAUCACCAUAACCAAUGAACACUCACUAUAUAGCCUUGUUGAACCCAAAGCAAAUUAGACCCCCAACACACGCAUUUUGCUCCUAGUUUUGUGUCACUUUAACGUGGUUUGUCCCUUCUUUUAAGUUUCCAUACGUUAAUGUUUCACUUAUAUAAUAAGAUUUACUACUUGUGACAUUCGACAUAAACAAAAAUGGCUUUGUUAACAUCUCUUAUCUUUCUUUGCAUCUUCUCAUACUCUCAAGCUACUACUCCAUAUCUUGACGGACUACUUGCAAAUGGUAACUUUGAACAAGCACCAGAACCAUCAAACCUUCAGAAAACAGUGAUCAUAGGAAAGUAUUCACUGCCAAAAUGGGAAAUCUCCGGUUUGGUGGAAUACGUUUCUGGUGGACCACAGCCAGGUGGGUUCUACUUUGCGAUCCCUCGUGGAGCCCAUGCGGCAAGGCUAGGGAACGAGGCAUCAAUAUCACAAGUGAUUGAUGUGAAGGUUGGGUCAACCUACUCACUCACAUUUGCUGCAACAAGAACUUGUGCUCAAGAUGAGGUGCUAAGAGUCUCGGCUUCUGGUCGGUCUGGUGACCUUCCGAUUCAAACUCUGUAUAGUACUGAUGGAGGAGACACUUAUGCUUUUGCAUUCAAGGCAAGUUAUAAGAGAGUAAAGGUUGUUUUCCACAAUCCUGGUGUUCAAGAGGACCCUGCUUGUGGACCUCUAUUGGAUGCCAUUGCAAUCAAAGAAAUGCUGGCUCUAAGAUACACUAAAGAAAACUUGGUGAAGAAUGGUGGUUUCGAGAUUGGACCUCAUGUGUUCAAGAACUUCUCAACAGGAGUCCUCCUGCUUCCCAAACUACAUGACAUAAUAUCACCACUUCCCGGGUGGAUCAUUGAGUCGCUGAAACCAGCAAAAUACAUAGACUCGAGACACUUUCAAGUUCCACACGGGCUAGCAGCCGUUGAGUUGGUUGGCGGGAGAGAAACUGCUAUCGCGCAAAUCAUUCGCACCAUCCCCAAGAAGUUGUACAAACUAUCAUUCACUAUUGGAGACGCAAAGAAUGGCUGCCAUGGAUCUAUGAUGGUUGAGGCUUUUGCAGCAAAGGAAACUCUAAAAGUAAAAUUUGAAUCUGUAGGAAAUGGAGGAUUUAAAACUGCAAGCUUCAAGUUUCAAGCUGUUUCGGCUAGAACAAGAAUCACAUUCUAUAGUGCUUUUUAUCAUACAAAGCUUAAUGACUAUGGUCACUUUUGUGGCCCUGUCCUAGAUGAUGUCAAGGUUUUGCCUAUUUCUCACUAAAUGUGCAAAAUAUAAUUGAGCAA